UGUCGAGUCUGCCUGAUCUCCCACCUUCCUCUUCUGCCACGGUCUCUCUCUCGGUUGGCCGGCGUGGUAGUGGUGACGCUGGCGGUGGAGCCCAUCACUGAUCCUGUUCGUCUCUGGUUUUGCCUUUUUCUUUUGUCUAUGGAUUUUGUUUGUUAAACCAUCGUUGGGAUACCAAAAAGGGGCCUCCCUCCACUCCAAAUCCGCGGCCUGUAAGCUAAGCGCAACCCUUCUUGAAGUCUUGCGGGAACAAUCCUGUCGCCGCCUCCAGAUCUGAGAUCCGAGAGUAGCUGAACGUUUCAGAUCGGAGUGGAUCCUGUUCCAAAGGAGGAAACAUCUGGAUUUUGGACGUGUUGGGUUCCGAUAGAUCGCUAGCAGAUGGUUAGAGCUGGAAGGCAGCCUGGAUGAGAUGAGAGAUGUUUGCAACGUUAAUGAACCUGCUGAGUUCGUGUUGGCUGCCAUCCGAUCGAUAUGGCUAUUCAGGUUCGGAUGUAGGCAGGCAGGAUGGGCUUCUAUGGUAUAAGGACAGUGGACAGCAUGUUUAUGGAGAGUUCUCUAUGGCAGUGGUCCAAGCAAACAACUUGCUCGAGGACCAGUGUCAGAUUGAAUCUGGGUCACUGAGCUUAAGUGAAUCUGGUCCCUAUGGCACCUUUAUUGGUGUAUAUGAUGGUCAUGGUGGACCAGAAACAUCCCGUUAUAUCAAUGAUCAUCUAUUUCAGCAUCUUAAAAGAUUUGCAACCGAACAUCAAUCGAUAUCUGUGGAUGUAGUACGAAAGGCUUAUCUAGCUACAGAAGAAGGCUUUAUCUCAUUGGUUGCCUCACAAUGGUCAACAAAACCUCAGCUUGCUGCUGUUGGCUCGUGUUGUCUAGUUGGUGUAGUCACUGGUGGCAUGCUGUAUAUUGCCAAUCUUGGUGACUCCCGUGUCGUUCUUGGGAAACUUGUCAAAGCAACUGGAGAAGUUUUGGCUGUUCAGUUGUCAGCCGAACACAAUGUAGCAAUUGAAUCCAUGAGACAAGAGUUGCAGUCAGUGCACCCGGAAGAUAAACAAAUUGUUGUGUUGAAGCAUAAUGUUUGGCGCGUGAAGGGCUUAAUCCAGGUUUCUAGAUCAAUCGGUGAUGUCUACCUAAAAAAGGCAGAAUUUAAUCGGGAGCCAUUAUAUGCCAAGUUCCGGUUAAGAGAAACUUUCAAAAAGCCUAUACUCAGCUCGGAACCAUCCAUUUCAGUGCAUCCAUUGCAACCUCAAGAUCUCUUUCUUAUAUUUGCAUCAGAUGGACUCUGGGAACAUCUUAGCAACCAAGAAGCUGUAGAUAUUGUUCAUAAUAACCCUCACAGUGGAAGUGCUCGACGACUCGUUAAAGCUGCACUUCAGGAAGCAGCCAAGAAAAGGGAGAUGAGAUACUCAGACCUCAAGAAGAUUGACCGUGGUGUUCGCCGGCAUUUCCACGACGAUAUUACUGUUGUUGUCGUGUUCCUCGACAUCAACCUAAUUAGCAGGGCCAGCUCACACAGAGGCCCUUCUCUGUCUAUAAAUGGGGGUGGGGGCACCGUGCCUGUCAGCUCUCUUGUCCCUUAUACAAUACCCCCGUAAGUCGGAACCUGAUAGUAAAACUAUGCCCUAACAAUACUCCACUGUGUGAUCCUCAGUGAUGUAAAUGGAGGACUGGAGAUUUGAUUUGUGCUUUGUUCUAGCAAACAUUAACUCCAUACACGCAAAUUGGAUAGCUUGUCGUUGUUAUCAUGCAUAGAAAUGUUCUUUUUUACUUUGUAUUUUUCCUUUUUAAUAAGUAAAUUGCAUGAGUAAAUUAGUUACACGAGUGAGCCCAAACAUUCCUAUGGAUGCAAAUGUUGUCUAACUUAUCUUAUCAAUAAAGAUUGAAUCAUUUGCAUUUUUA